UUGCUAUAGCGUAUACUCCCACUACAGCAUUGCACUACAAGACAUGUUACUCUCGCGGACUGUGCAAUAGGAUCUAGUGAGGCUGCAGUGAUUUCUUGCGCUCUGCGAAGAACUGGGACCGUUAUAUUUAUACAAUUUUCUCAAGACUUGUAUUAUAUAAUUUAUCUGGCAAAAUGCCACGUUCGUUCCUUGUUAAGAAACAUUUUAACUCAGCUAAGAAGCCAAAUUACAGUGAACUGGACAACCACACAGUCUUCAUUUCACCGUAUUUGUACAAGGGUUACCCUGUGCCUGUUAUUCCACAACCAGAUAUCCUGAGUUCAGUAGCAUACAACCCUAUCACAGUAUGGACUACUAGCAGCCUCCCGUUAUCUCCAUUACCUGACGACCUGUCGCCAAUCUCUGGAUACCCCUCGUCUCUUGGACGGAUCAGCCCGCCUCCCGCAUCUGACACUUCUUCAAAAGAUCACAGCGGCUCUGAGAGUCCCAUAAGCGACGAGGAUGAGAGAAUGCACACCAAAAUGUCAGACCCACAUUCUGUGGAAGCGGAGAAGUUUCAAUGUAGCUUGUGCAGCAAGUCCUACUCUACAUACUCCGGACUGCUCAAACACAAGCAGUUGCACUGUGACGCCCAGACAAGGAAAUCUUUUAGCUGUAAAUACUGCGAGAAGGAGUAUGUGAGCCUGGGAGCCCUAAAGAUGCACAUCAGGACCCACACUUUGCCUUGUGUCUGCAAAAUAUGCGGCAAAGCUUUCUCCAGACCCUGGUUGCUGCAGGGACACAUCAGAACACAUACUGGAGAGAAGCCUUUCUCUUGCCCACAUUGCAGCAGAGCAUUUGCAGACAGAUCCAACCUCAGGGCUCAUCUACAGACCCAUUCUGAUGUGAAAAAAUAUCAAUGCAAGAACUGCUCCAAAACCUUCUCCAGGAUGUCGCUUCUGCACAAACACGAGGAAUCUGGUUGCUGUGUAGUACACUGAGCUGUAGCACACCAUCAGAGACUUAUACAACUCCAAUGGAGGAAAUAUUUUUAAAUAAACUUCAUGGCCUUAAAAUCCAAUUCAUUUCAACAUACAGACUGAGUGCAUUGGUUUCUGCCUGAACAUUUCAGGUGAACAGUAUUGCUUUGUAUUGUCGUACAUUUCAGUCAGAGCAAACUAACUUUUUUACAAAGUGCCUUAUGAUCUGUACUGUAAAUGUACUUUUGGGGUUCAUUUUGUGGUAUGCCCCGUAUUAUCCUGACGUUCUGAACUUCAUCCACACUAGGAUUAAAGUUGCGAUGGCGAUGAAGAUCUUGUUUUGGAAACUUUGUAUUCCAUUUGUGCCUUAUAAAGAUUGUAUGGUUAAACAUUCCUGGUGCACGAACCACAUAUUUGUAUAGUUUUUAGCUGAUGGAAUUUCUUCAAACCGUUUGCUGUACUGGGGACAAGUGCAAAUUGGAGGGGUUGAGGGAAUGAAAGUAUUUUAUGCCUAUUAUAAAUGCACAAGCAAAAUGCAAUAACUGUGUUACAGCACUCAGAAAAGUAAUAUCCUGUCAAGUGCCUUUAUAAAGUGUUUUGUUGGUUUGGCUUUUUAUAGAAUAAUGUCCAUUUUGUUUUAUAUUUUUAUAUAUUUGAAUGUAUAAUGUAUGGUUGGUAUGCUGACAGCUUAGUGUCUAGACGGUUGAAUAGAGUGAAUGAAUGCUGUAAAUAGUGUUUUUUUUCUACACACAUUUUAAAUAAACAUUUUGCAGGAACUAAUUUAAAAAAGUGUGAUUUUCUUGUGCU